CCUUACGCCACUUCCGGCACGCUGCCAAGAUGGCGGCGGCGCCCGGGCGGUAGCGGCGGCGCGGCCAUGGCGGCGGCGGCGGCGCACAGCGUCCGCGUCCUGCGCGAGCUGAACCGGCAGCGCGCGGCCGGGAAGUUCUGCGAUGCGACGCUGGGCGUGGGCGGGCGGGAGUUCCGCGCCCACUGGCCGGUGCUGGCCAGCUGUUCCCGCUUCUUCCGCGCCCGCGAGCCCGGCGGGCCGGUGGUUUUGCCGGAGGGUCUCGGCGACACUUUUCAGCUCCUCCUCGACUUCUUCUACACCGGUCGCCUGGCGCUUACCGCCCAUAAUCGCGCCCGGCUCCUGGCCGCCGCCGAGCAGCUCGGCGUGCCCGACGCCGUGGCGCUCUGCCGCUCCUUCCGCCCCGCCGGUACCCGCCAGCGGCCCCGCCGCACCGUCGCCCCCGCCCUGAGCCGCCGGGGGGAGGCGGACAGCGUGGUCGUGGCGGCCCCACAGCCUGGCGGCCCGGCGGCUACCCCCGUGGCCCCGGAGGAGACGGCGGGCGACGGGGCGCGGGGUGCCAGCCCUACCGAGCCCCUUUCCGAGAAAAAGGCCUUGCGGAGCAAAAAGAGCCCCCCGCCGGAGAAGGCGCCCGGCGACACGGGGGCGGCGGGAACACCGGGGAGCAGAAAAGGUACAGCGGUGCCGGUCGAGUGCCCCACAUGUCAUAAAAGCUUCCUCAGCAAAUAUUACCUUAAAGUGCACAACAGGAAACACACUGGGGAGAAGCCCUUUGAAUGCUCCAAGUGUGGCAAAUGCUACUUCAGGAAGGAGAACCUCGUGGAGCACGAGGCCCGGAACUGCAUGAACCGCGCGGAGCAGGUGUUCAGCUGCUCGGUCUGCAAGGAGGCGUUCAAGAAGCGCGUGGAGCUGCGGCUGCAUAUGGUGUCACACACCGGGGAGAUGCCCUACAAGUGCUCCUCCUGUGCCCAGCAGUUCAUGCAGAAGAAGGACCUGCAGAGCCACAUGAUCAAGCUACAUGGUGCACCAAAGCCCCAUGCGUGCUCGACCUGCUCCAAGUGCUUUCUGUCUCGGACAGAGCUGCGUCUGCACGAGGCCUUCAAGCACCGUGGAGAGAAGCUGUUCGUGUGUGAGGAGUGUGGGCACAGAGCCUCCAGCCGCAACGGCCUGCAGAUGCACAUCAAGGCCAAGCACAGGAACGAGAGGCCCUACGUCUGCGAGUUCUGCCACCACGCCUUCACCCAGAAAGCCAACCUCAACAUGCACCUGCGCACCCACACCGGCGAGAAGCCCUUCCAGUGCCACCUCUGUGGCAAGACCUUCAGGACACAAGCAAGCCUGGACAAGCACAACCGGACACACACCGGGGAGCGGCCCUUCAGCUGCGAGUUCUGCGAACAGCGCUUCACGGAGAAGGGGCCCCUGCUACGGCAUGUCGCCAGCCGCCACCAGGAGGGGCGGCCUCACUUCUGCCAGAUCUGCGGGAAGACCUUCAAAGCUGUGGAACAACUGCGCGUCCACGUCCGCCGGCACAAGGGUGUGAGGAAGUUCGAGUGCACUGAGUGCGGCUACAAGUUCACGCGGCAGGCUCACCUGAGGCGCCACAUGGAGAUUCACGACCGGGUGGAGAACUACAACCCGCGGCAGCGCAAGCUGCGGAACCUGGUCAUCGAGGACGAGAAGGCUGUGGUGGUGGCACUGCAGCCGCCUCCCGAGAUGGAGGUGGGCUCAGCCCAGGUGAUUGUGGAGUCCCUGUCCCAUGGCUCCCUGCCUGAGGAGAUCCCUGUACAGAGACUCUGCUCCGACAGCUUCUCCACGGCAGAUGUGAUCGAGCAGUCACUGAUCAUAAUGGCGACGCUCCCUGAGCACUGUGAAAUGUAGCACGGGCACCUGCGUGGCCUUCAACAGGGGCUGGAGCUGCUCCCUCCCUCACAGGGCUCCCACCCCUGACUGCAGGAAAGUGAUGUUAUUAUGAAGUUACAAUCAGGCCUCAGAUGAAGCUCCUCAUAAAGGCUGCUUUAAUAAACAUCCACGUGGGACACAA